ACCAACGACCCCGAGUGGGUUUCUCCAUAGGAAAACAAAAAAAAACUCAAAGCACAGCAGCCACGAUUGCUGUUCUGCUGGUUACACCAAAAUCACUGACGACGACGAUCACAUCACUGUAGACAUCGACCCCUAACACAGUCAGGUUGUGAGCAUGUGUGUUUUGUUCUUGAAACAAAAUAUCGCUGUUUGAGUUCGCCCUUUCAACACAUCUGUAAACAGUAUAGAGCACUUACAAAAGACGCGCUGGCACACUGUUUGUCUGCGGCACUCGCUCUCUGAGCAUGAGGGAAAGCAAACUGUAGGCGUUGAUGGAGCAUUUCGAAUUUGUCUUGAGUGAGUGGAGGAGGUGGGCUAAGUGGCAAACCAGUUACCAUUCUUCCCAUUCUUCAUAAAUUCUUGCACGGGAAUCCAAAAAUAUUGAUUAACAACGAAAAGAAGAAGCAAAAGGGUACUGCUUGAAAACAAAGCAAGAAUCCGAGGUACAUAAAAUUCCUUUCCCACCUGGAGAUCGAAUCAGUUCAUGCUGACUGGAUCAAUUAGUUGCCUCAGAGUUAGUUAUUCAGUUUUCUGAUAGUUAACAGUUUGUUCGUGUAUAAAUAUCAAUACUUUGUAUCAAAGUAAAUCCAACUGAGAAUUUCAUCUUCUCCAUAUCUACUCUCUAGUUUUCUUUGUUUUCUCUGUCUAUACAUUACAGUAAAAUUGACCGACACGCCGUCGCUUUCCCUUACAUUAGUUGCCGUGGACACUGGACAUCAAACGACCUUAUUAUUAUUAGCAACCAUACAGUCAAUUUAAGAGGAAAAGGUAAAGAAAACAUGCAGGAUCUUCCCUGAAUAGCAGAGCAUUGACUAUUGGACUUCGGUUGAACGAAAAUAGGGAGAUGGGUCUGCUCAACAACAAAGUGGAGAGAAGUGCGAUCAAGCCCGGAGACCACAUCUACACCUACAGAGCUGUUUUCACCUACUCCCACCACGGUAUCUUUGUUGGGGGAAACAAGGUGGUCCAUUUUAGACCCGAGAGAAAUUUGAAUUCAAGCGCCGGGACAUCUUCUGAUUCUGACUUUUAUGAUUCAACGUUGAGCCUCCCGUCAUCCUGUUGUACCUUUCCCGACUGUGGAUUUAGGAAACCCAACAGUUGUGUAGUCCUUUCUUGCCUGGAUUGUUUCCUUGGAAAUGGAUCUCUGCAUCGUUACAAAUAUGGAGUUUCUCCAUCAGUUUUCCUUGCUAAGGCGCGGGGUGGCACAUGCUCCAUUGCAAAAUCUGACCCACCAGAAGCAGUUAUCCGCCGAGCAUUGUAUCUUCUUCAAAAUGGAUUUGGCAAUUAUGAUGUCUUCGAAAACAACUGCGAAGACUUUGCGCUUUAUUGCGAAACUGGUCUUCAGAUAGUAGACCGAAAGAAAAAAACUGAUAAUGGAAAAACUGGGGGUAGCAGCCGAAAAGAAGUAAAACAGGGGGUCGGGAGUAGUGGUCAAGCCUCUGCUGUGAUUGGUGCUCCAUUGGCUGCCAUUCUUUCUUCUCCUCUCAAGUGGCUGAUUCCAAGUCCUGUUGGUGUGGCUACGGUUACGGCUGGGAUGUAUUGUUUGAACAGGUAUGCAAAUGAUAUUGGCGUUCGAGAUGAUGUUAUCAAGGUGACAGUGGAGGACUUGGCUGGGAAGUAGCUGUUGACACUGAGGCUUCUAACCAACUGAUUGCCAGGGAUGAGGAUCUCCGACAACUUCAAAUAAAUUAUAGAAUCUAAAAUUAUGGAAUUCAUGCCAUUUCUUGCAAAAAAAUACCAUACAUUAAAAAGGUGGCCAAUGAGAAUUUAGUGUAUUUUCAUAACGUUCUUGUUCUCAAUGUUGUAAACAAGUUUUGAAUCAAAAAGUUGUCUUUUUGUUUUACGAAGAAGAAGGUUCUGUUUAAAAGUGAAGGCGAAGCCUUUUGAGACUGAAAUUCUUUCUGACUGUCUCAGUAACAUGCUACAUUUUUAAUAAGUAUAAUAUUUUUUAAGCCGUUCGA